AUGGAGCAGAAGGAACCAAGGAGUCCGGCACAGGUAGGUGUACCUGUAUCAAACUGAGUGUUCCAGCAAGGAAGGGAAAUUGUUCACCUCUUAAGACUUUCUGAAUUCAUCGGUUUUUGGCUUCCAGGGGGAAGGCUUGGAGCAGCAGCGGGGGGUGGGGUUCUCCAUUUAUUUAGCAUUUAUUUUAAUUUAUACUUGCGUUUAUUUUGUACUGCAUUGGUUUUUUUGGGGGGGAGGCUUUUUUGACUUUCCUUUCAAAGACCUUCUUGGGAGAAUGGUUUUAUCAUUCUGCAAGCCCUUCGCCUCUUUCUCCUGAGAACCAAGACGGCUCAGUCAGUGGAGCACGAGACUCAGGGCUGUGGGUUUGAGCCCCAUGUUGGCCAAAGGAUGGCACUCGCUGACCCUCAGGGUCCCUUCCAACUUUAUGCCUCUGUUUUUCUGUGGUUCCUGUAAAUUGCUUGAAUCGUGCGUUUUGCAUUGGCUUCCUCAACCUCAGCCCUCCAGGUGCUUUUGGCCUACAACUCCCAUGAUCCCUAGCUAGCAGGACCAGUGGUCAGGGAUGCUGGGAAUUGUAGUCUCAAAACAUCUGGAGGGCCGAGGUGGAGGAAGCCUACAUUAUUGCAUCCUUGCAGCAAACCUGGGAGGUAAUCUGUUACUGUUCUCACCUGUGCACCUGAGAAAAGCUCAAUGUGAGGAUAUAAUGAGGAAACGUAUAUCCCUGCCCCAACAACCCUGAGAAGUAGGCGAGGCAGAGAGAGAAAGAGAGACCGAGAGGCCAUGAUUGAUCCAAGGUCAACCAGUGAGCUUUGUGGCAGAGUGGAUUUGAACUCAGGACCUGGCCUGACACACGAACCGCGAACCUUUGUGUUUUGAUCUAGUUUUUUGUAGCUCUAAAUUAAUGAUUCUUAUUAGCCUGAGUAGCACCGAGUUAGAAACAAAAGGGGAAUGUAAAUGGGUAAAAUUGAUGGUAAUUGCAGCCAGACGGGUUAUAGCGGGUAAUUGGAAAAAUGCAGAAGAGCUAGGGGUGAACCAAUGGAGGAAGAAACUGAAAAAUAUUACAAUUUAACUGUGAAGAUACACAAAAUGAAAGGGUUUAAGGUCAGUGAGAAGGAGGAGGAUUGGUUUGAGAAAAUAUUGAAUUCUUUGGGUAGGUUUGAACAAUUUGGGGCAAUUAAAAUGUUAAAAGUUAAAUAAAACUUGUGGGGGGAGGAGUGUUAAUGUAUAUAGAAUUGUACAUAUGGUUGAUUUGAAUAUGUUGUUAUUGAUUAUGUAUACCCAAUGUACCAGCUGCCUGGGAGGUUUCAUUGUGUUUUGGUUGUUGGUUAAAAAAAAAAAAAAAUAGUUUUUUUAAAAAAAUAGUUUUUUGUUGGCAGAGCACUACUUGGGUACAGCAACCAGGAGUUAUACAGCAGGUUACUUCAAAGGGUUUUAUUUUGGAGGGACUGAAGUCCUGUGGCCAAUAUCUGCACAUGCUAACUGGCAGGUCUCUAUGGGGAAAUUCUGGUGGGUUGGCACCCAGGGCAUUUCCAACACCCUCUUUCCCCCGUCCUGUUUCCCUGGAAGCAAAGUUUCCUGGAAGCAAGGGCUCAGGGCUUGGGCUUAGAGGCUGUUCCUUCAACAACACACCUGUGAGGUGCAAAAGAAACUUUUUCUUCUUCUUUUUUUAAUAGUUGUGUAUUCACUGAUGCAACAAGGGCAGGUGCAGGAGCUGAUGAUGAUUAAAAUUUGUAUACCACCCAAUACCUGCAGGUCUCAGGGCACUUCACAAUAUAAAAACACAAAAUACAUAAAACAAAAACAACCCAAUAAUCCUCUCCAACACAUUUUGAAAGGGCGUUGGGUUUCUUGCACCCUGUUUAAAAUCUCGUGGGACAGUAUGUGCUUCCCCUCCCUCCUACUCACUUGGCAAAUUGGGCUCUUUUCCUAUAGACUUCUGUGCCACGGACAGUCUGGUUUGUAAGAAGCCCUUGUCGUCUGCUGGCGUAUCUGGUAAGUCACAGUCGGGGUCGGUUUGUGGAUUGGACCUUUUUAGGGUGUCGGGGUGCUUGCCGGUCUCCCCAAGUCUGGUCCCUGGGGGUGGCGAGGAAUCCAGCAGCAGGGAAGGGCUGCUUGUGGGCUUCCUGGUUUACAUGGCUGUCCCCUGUUGGAGGCAGGAUGCUAGGCUAGGAGGCAGGAUGCUAGGCUAGAAGAUGAAAAACUAUUGAGAUGCUCUUAAUAUUACUCUGCAGGGUUUGAGGCGGUUAGGAAUUCGUCAAAUUGGGGCAGAAUAAAAGAGAGCAUCUUUUAGGAAUUGCGAAUUGGCAAAAUGAAUUGGAGAGGUGCGAAAAGGGAACUUUUUCACUCGUUCUCUUGCCGCACCGGGACAUGGCAAGUUGUUUUUCAGAGUCUCGACAUCUUCGGUUUGCCAGCCCUGGAUGACAAGUUUUUCCAGGAGGCGGGGGCCACUUUAGCUUCUGGGGUGCUAGCAGACUGCCUGACAUAAGUUGGAGAGGAGGCCUUGAAAUAGUCCUCUAAGCUUUCUUAGAGAAUAGAACCUGCCUAGCCAGGGGAGUCUACCUGCUGAAUGUGAAGGGGGACGCGAAGGAUUUUUCUGUGGGCUUCCCAGAGGCAUCCCAAAGGUGGCUCAAUAGAUCUGAAAUAUAUCCCUUUAAGCUUGAAUUUGUUUUUAUUCUGGGUUGUCUUAUUUGAUGUUUUAAUGUGUUGUAAACUGCUUUGAGAUUUGUUCUUUAAAAUGUAAAGUGGUAUAGAAAUGGAAAUAAUAAUAACACGCAGCACUGGUGAAACCUCAACAGCCAAAUCUCCCAGUGUUUAUUCCUUUCUCCUCUUGGGAUCCGCUGCUGAGGUUCAGAUUUAUGUUUUAUUUUCCCUGUAUAUCCCAUUCUACAUGUCUGUGUUGGCUACGAAAGCCUGCGACUGGUGUACGUCUCUAAAUCGCUUUCCUUUGCUCUUGGCUGCUCAGUUCCAGUUCCUUCGCAAGUUCUUCCCCUGGGCUCGCCUCACCAUCCCUGUGCGGACCCCCACGGGCAAAGCAUCCCUGGCACAAUCUCCGGACCGACCCGUGCGCCACGCCAAGAAGCGGCUGGGAACCAUAGCGCAUGUCAUCCUUGCCUUUGCCCCUCUGAGGUUCCAGCGUGCUUUCGGAUAUCUGACCGUCAUGGAACGGGAUUUGGUCCCCAAAGGUGAGACCCGGGGGCAGGGGCAAAGGAAAGGGGCAGGCGUCGCUACGUAGGGUGCAUAUUUACGGAACCACCUCUCCUGGUCUGCCUGGCAGAGGACCUUAAGAUCCAUGAACAACCAUGGUUUAGAGGUCCCGGGCCCUAAGGAAGUCAGACUAUCCUCCACCAGAGCCAGGGCCUUCUCAGUGAUGGCUCCAACCUGGUGGAAUGCUCUGUCCCAUGAGACCAGAGCCCUGCAGGAUUUAACCUCCUUCUGCUGGGCCUGUAAGACAGAGCUAUUCCUCCUGGCCUUUAAUCUGAAUUCAGCCUGAUCUUUUAUUUCCCUUCCCUUCCCCUGUUAUGAAGAUCACCCGCUCUGAGACCCCACAGCUAAUUCUCCCCUGGCCUCCUCGCUGGCCCAAGUAGGACCAAUUCAGCCAGCUAGCCCUGGGGAUUAUCGGAUUGAUUUUUUAUUUUUAUUGUUAUUCAUGUUUUUAUACUGUAUUUUAUGCUGCUUUUGAAUUUGUUGUUAGCUGCCCUGAGCCCUGUUUUUGAACCGGGAAGGUGGAGUAUAAUUUAUUAUUAUUAUUAUAAUUAUUACUAUUAUUAUUAUUAUUAUUAUUAUUAUUAUUAUUAUUAUUAUUAUUUUCACGUGCAUUUUUGUACACAUUUGAACCCUGGUCUCCCAGGGCCAGCACUCAAACCAGGGCACCACCUGGCUCACACUUGCCUUUCUGGAUCUACCUCACCAAAUGAACCCUCCUCCUCCUCUUACUGUUCAAAAUCAUAGAGUUGGAAGACACCCUGUGGAUUACCUAGUGGUCCAACCCCCUGCAAUGCAGGAAGAGGCAGCUGCCCCACACGGGGACCGAACCUGCAACCUUGGCAAGACCUCUGCAGGUUGUUUUGUUUUUGUCUAUUUUUAAUCUUGCUGCUCCUCCUGCAGAGACAUUGGACGCCCCCGUCCACCCAUCGGGCAAAGGGAACAAAAGGAAAAAGGACGAUGUUACUCUAGAGGAGGAACUCUGCUGGGCUGAGCUUCUCCAGAAAGAAUUACCGGAUGAAGAUGAUCCCGAGGACCCGACUUACGAGGUACCUCUGAGACUCGGGAGCACAUUGUUAACGCAAGCAAGUUGUUUUCCCCACAACCGCUUGACACAGCCAUCGAAACGUCGGCCCUUGACUUAUUUUGGAUUUCAUCCGGAUCUCCCCUUACCUCAGAUAAAUCCCAUAAGUUGCUCCUUCUUUUAUUUUUCCUUUAAGACAUAUAAUCAGAGAAUUGUAGAGUUUGGAAGGGAGCCCCAGGGCUCAUCUAGUCCAACCCCCUGCAAUGCAUUUCUUUCCAAUAAUAAUAAUUUUUUAUUUGUACCUCUCCCAUUUGGCUGGGUUUCCCCAGCCACUCUGGGCGGCUUCCAACAAAGUAUUAAAAUACAGUGGUCUGUUAAACAUUAAAAGCUUCCCUGAGCAGGGCUGUCUUCAGAUGUCUUCUAAAUGUCAGGUAGUCAUUUAUCUCUUUGACAUCUGGUGGGAGGGCGUUCCACAGGGUGGCUGCCACCACCAAGAAGGCCCUCUGCCUGGUUCACUGUAGCUUGGCUUCUCGCAGGGAGGGAACCACCAGAAGGCCCUUGGAGCUGGACCUCAGUGUCCGGGCUGAACGAUGCGGGUGGAGAUGCUCCUUCAGGUAUGCUGGCCAUUUAGGGCUUUCAAGGUCAGCACCAACACUUUGAAUUGUGCUCAGAAACGUACUGGGAGCCAAUAUAGGUCUUUCAAGACCCAUGUUAUGUGGUCUCGGCAGCCGCUCUGUCACCAGUCUAGCUGCCGCAUUCUGGAUUAGUUGUAGUUCCUGGGUUACCUUCAAAGGUAGCCCCACAUAGAGCGCAUUGCAGUAGUCCAAGCGGGAGAUAACAAGAGCACGCACUACUCUGGCAAGACAGUCUGCAGGCAGGGAGGGUCUCAUCCUGUGUACCCGAUGGAGCUGGUAAAUAGCUGCCCUGGACACAGAAUGGACCUUCGCCUCCAUGGACAGCUGUGAGUCCAAAAUGACUCCCAGGCUGCGCACCUGGUCCUUCAGGGGCACAGUUACCCCAUUCAGGACCAGGGAGUCCCCCACACCUGCCUGCCCCCUGUCCCCCAAAAACAGUACUUCUAUUUUGUCAGGAUUAAACCUUAAUCCAUUAGCUGCCAUCCAUCCUCCAACUGCCUCCAGACACUCACACAGGACCUUCACCGCCUUCACUGGUUCUGAUUUGAAAGAGAGGUAGAGCUGGGUGUCAUCUGCAUAUUGAUGGACACCCGGCCCAAACCCCCUGGUGAUCUCUCCCAGCGGCUUCGUGUAGAUGUUAAAAAGCAUCCAAUCAUUACUUAAGGCCAUGCUCACACCAUACGAAUCCUGAUUGGGGGGUUGGACUAGAUGAUUGUCAGGGUCCCUUCCAACCCUAUGAUUUUACGAGUUCUUUGAGUUCUGUGAUACCAUUUAAAACAGCUGAGGUUCCCCCUCGCAAAGAAUUGUGGGAGUUGUAGUUUAAGGGUGUUGAGUUGUUAGGGAGCUCCCAUUCCCCUCACAGAGCUACAAUUCAAUUCAAAUUUUAAUUUGCAUACUGUCUUUCUGUAUACACAAGUAGUUUACAAGCUGAAGAAACAACAAAGAUCACACACGCCAUAAUAAUCUGAUCUGAAACAAAACAAAAAAAGCCGUAAUAAAAACAUAACUUUAAAAUAAACAACUUAAUUCAAAGAAAGCAACACUCCAUCAUCUUGUAAUGGUACACAAUGAAGUUAAAUAUCAGCAAACAAUAAUUAAAUGGAAAUUCACUCUUAACAAUUACAAUAAAAAAGACUAAACUGUUAAAAAAAUUAAAAACUAAACGAGGAACAAUAAAAAAAGCAGGCCCCAAUGCCUAAACUCCCACCAUCCAUACAAAACCAUGUAAAAGUGUCAAACUGAGAAACAAAUCUAUAAAAUUAUUGGUUUUUAAAUGGGACUUAAAAUGGGCCUACAAUUCCCAGAGUUUGGCACGAAGAGUGAUGGAUUGAUUGACUGAACAGCCAUUGAUCAGCCCCUUCUCUGUGUCUCCUUCCCAGUUUACCGUCUCUGAGACGGACAGCGAAGAAUACAAAUCUCAGAACGACACCGAUGUCAAUUUGGAGGUGGAGGAGAAGGAUGGAUUCUUGAUGCUGAAGGAAGACCCAGCUCAGCAGGUUACGAAAGAUGGAGGCAGUGAGGGGGAAACGAAGGGCCCUCUUCACGUCCUCAGAGGUGCUCUUGACGUCUUGCCAAUGCCGAAAGAGGACAUGUUUCUUCUUACUGGCUUAGACUUAAAGAUGGGUGGGGGCCCACAUUCUGCUUUUCUGGAUGAGACAAGGAGGCUGUCACACAGCACAGCGUUAACAUGUGGAACUCACUGCCUCAAGAUGUCCUGCUGAGAUUGCUUAAGGCUUAAUUCCAAUACAUAACAGAUUUUGUUUGUUUGUUUUCCUGGCUUCCCACUCCAUUUCCCACGGUGUUUUUUAAUUUCUCCCCCUUGCUGCACCCUGUCUUCUCUCUCUCAUAUCUUAACCAUCAUACAAUGAUCUCUAAUUCCUUCUGUUGCUCGGAGUUCGAAUCCUGCUUGCAGAGCGCAGCUUCCUUCACAGUCCACCUUCUCUCUCUCUUUCAAUGUGUUUGUAGGAGGACCCAAAGAAGGAAAAUGGUGCUGGGGAGGAGGCCCUGGACCCCCGCUGCUCCGGGGACGGGAGUGAGCAGCCAGACGAGGAGGUGCCUGACGGUGGCGGGGACAACCCGGGUGCGAAUCCCACCAGCCCUGCUCCACCGGAAAGCACACUGCUCCUGCCGUCCCGCGACCCCAGUGCUGAGAUGACCUCCAGUGACAACUCCCAGGACCAGUGGGUGAAUGUGAGCGGCGGUAAGUGUCACAGAAUCACAGGAUUGCAGAGAGGGAAGGGACCCUCGAGGGUCAUCUAGUCCAACCCGCUGCAGUGCAGGAAUGGCGGCUAAGAAAGGGCCAUCCAACCUCUGUUUAGAAAGCUCCAAGGAAGGAGAGGUUCCACUGUCGGACAGCUCUUACCCCUGUGUUGCAAUACAGAAUAAUCUGCUCAAAUGCAGCCGCAACACAUGGCUAAUAAGUAUGGCAAAUGUACAGGUGAAACUCGAAAAAUUAGAAUAUCGUGGAAAAAUUCGUUUAUUUUAGUAAUUCAACUUCUCCAUGAUUGUGCUUCCUACUGGACCAGGCUGAGAAACCAUUUAAAGGCUCAGGAACCCAUUGCAGGUGUUACGGAUUGAAUAGCUACUGCACCUUUUCACAAUAUUCUAAUUUUCUGAGAUGGUUAAUUUGGGGUUUUCAUCAGCUGUACGCCAUGAUCAUCACAAUUAUAACAAAUAAAGGCUUGACAUAUCUCGCUUUGCAUGUCAUGAGUCUAUCUCAUAUAUUAGUUUCACCUUUUAAGUUGAAUUACUGAAAUAAAUGAACUUUUCCACGAUAUUCUAAUUUUCCGAGUUUCACCUGUAUUAUUAGUAGUAGUUAGAAUACAAUCCAAAAUUUACAAAUCAUAAGCGUCAUCUAUGAUGUAUGUAUAAGUCCAUAAACAAGAAAUAGUCAACGUAAUAAAUUGCUGUCAGGGAACACCACAACGCAGGCAGAAUUAUUUCUUGUUUAUGGACUUAUACAUACAUUAUAGAUGUUUAUGAUUUCUAAAUCUUGGAUUAUAUUCUAACUACUAAUAAUACAUUUGCCAUACUUAUUAGCCACAUGUUGUGGCUGUAUUUGAGCGGACAGCUCUUACUAUCAGAAAGCUCUUACUUAUUUGAGGGCAUAGGGCAUCACUAGAACAGCUGGCAAAUCCAAUUCCAUAACUCUACAUCUGUUUGGAUAAUAUUAGAUAUUUUCCAACACAGUUGCAUAACUGUUGUUUUUUCACCUGCUGCGUUUUGUAUAAAUGAGGUCCAACUUCCGUUAGACUUCUCUGCGUCUAUCAGCAAUCCGCGUAGAGGCGGCAAGUUCAGUCGGGAUUUCAGUCCAUUGGAGUGAAAUAAAUACAUUUGACGUUCCAAUGCAGCAAGGUCAGUAUUAAUUUUUUUAUUUAUACCCCGCCCUUCCUGGUUCAGAAAACCGGGCUCAGGGUGGCUAACAACAAACUUAAAACACUUAAUUGAUGCAACAACAAAAAUAGCAUAUACAGUAUAAAACGUGAAUAACAAUAAAUUCAGAAUUCAAAAAUCAAUUUAGUGAGGAAAUCCAUCCAAUAAACACUGGAUGAUCACCAGGGCUAGCUGGCUGAAUUAGUCCCAUUUGGGCCUGUGAGGAGACCAGGGGAGAAUUAUCUAUGGGAUCCCAAAGCGGGGAAUCUUCAUAAAAAGGGGAGGGGGAGGGAAGGAAGGGGAAUAGAAGAUCAGGCUAAUUUAAAAUUGAAAGCCAGGCAGAAUAGCUCUGUCUUACAGGCUCUGCAGAAGGAGGUUAAAUCCUGCAGGGCUCUGGUCUCCUGGGACAGAGCAUUCCACCAGGUCGGAGCCAUCACUGAGAAGGCCCUGGCCCUGGUGGAGGCUAGUCUGACUUCCUUGGGGCCCGGGGCCUCUAAACUACAGUGGUGCCCCGCAAGACGAACGCCUCGCAAGACGAAAAACCCGCUAGACGAAAGGGUUUUCCGUUUUGGAGGCGCUUCAUAAACGAAUUUCCUAUGGGCUUGCUUCGCAAGACGAAAGCCCAUAGGGAAAUCUCCGGUCAGCGAAGCCUGGGCGCGCUGAUCUCAGCGCGCGCAGGCUUCGGCAUGCCGACAACUCUCCGCGAGCAGCGGCAGCGCUGCCGCUGCUCGCGGAGAGGUCCGCGAGCCUGGGCGCGCUGAUCUCAGCGCGCGCAGGCUCGGCAUGCCGGCAGCUCUCCGCGAGCAGCGGCAGCGCUGCCGCUGCUCGCGGAGAGGUCCGCGAGCCUGGGCGCGCUGAUCUCAGCGCGCGCAGGCUCCGGCAUGCCGGCAACUCUCCGCGAGCAGCGGCAGCGCUGCCGCUGCUCGCGGAGAGGUCCGCGGAGCCUGGGCGCGCUGAUCUCAGCGCGCCCAGGCUUCGGCAUGCCGGCAACUCUCCGCGAGCAGCGGCAGCGCUGCCGCUGCUCGCGGAGAGGUCCGCGAGCCUGGGCGCGCUGAUCUCAGCGCGCGCAGGCUUCGGCAUGCCGGCAACUCUCCGCGAGCAGCGGCAGCGCUGCCGCUGCUCGCGGAGAGGUCCGCGAAGCCUGGGCGCGCUGAUCUCAGCGCGGGCAGGCUUCGGCAUGCCGGCAACUCUCCGCGAGCCGCGGCAGCGCUGCCGCUGCGCGCGGAGAGGUCCGCGAAGCCUGGGCGCGCUGAUCUCAGCGCGCGCAGGCUUCGGCAUGCCGGCAACUCUCCGCGAGCAGCGGCAGCGCUGCCGCUGCUCGCGGAGAGGUCCGCGAAGCCUGGGCGCGCUGAUCUCAGCGCGCGCAGGCUUCGGCAUGCCGGCAACUCUCCGCGAGCAGCGGCAGCGCUGCCGCUGCUCGCGGAGAGGUCCGCGAAGCCUGGGCGCGCUGAUCUCAGCGCGCGCAGGCUUCGGCAUGCCGGCAACUCUCCGCGAGCAGCGGCAGCGCUGCCGCUGCUCGCGGAGAGGUCCGCGAAGCCUGGGCGCGCUGAUCUCAGCGCGCGCAGGCUUCGGCAUGCCGGCAACUCUCCGCGAGCAGCGGCAGCGCUGCCGCUGCUCGCGGAGAGGUCCGCGGAGCCUGGGCGCGCUGAUCUCAGCGCGCGCAGGCUCCGGCAUGCCGGCAACUCUCCGCGAGCAGCGGCAGCGCUGCCGCUGCUCGCGGAGAGGUCCGCGAAGCCUGGGCGCGCUGAUCUCAGCGCGCGCAGGCUUCGGCAUGCCGGCAACUCUCCGCGAGCAGCGGCAGCGCUGCCGCUGCUCGCGGAGAGGUCCGCGAGCCUGGGCGCGCUGAUCUCAGCGCGCGCAGGCUUCGGCAUGCCGGCAACUCUCCGCGAGCAGCGGCAGCGCUGCCGCUGCUCGCGGAGAGGUCCGCGAGCCUGGGCGCGCUGAUCUCAGCGCGCGCAGGCUUCGGCAUGCCGGCAACUCUCCGCAAGCAGCGGCAGUGCUGCCGCUGCUUGCGGAGAGGUCCGCGAAGCCUUGGCUGGACAGCUUUUGAAGGCAGGUGGGGGGACAAGACUUUCGCCCCGCCAACCUUCAGAAGAGGUCCAGGACCUCUUCUGAAGGCUGGCGGGGGCAAAGUCUUUGUCCCCCUGCCUGCCUUCCCAGGGGCUUUUAAAUUGCCCGGGACAGCGGAGAAGUCCUCCGCUGUCCCGGGGCAAUUUUAAAAUGCCGCCCGCCAGCAUUUUAAGAUCGCCCCGGACAGCGGAGAAGCUCUCCGCUGUCCCGGGUUUUUAAAAUGCUGGGGGUGGGAAGAAAAGCCCUUGUCCCCCCCAGCCUUCAGAAGAGGUCGGGGACAGACUGUCCCCGGACCUGGUCUGAAGUCGGUCUCCCUAGGAACGCAUUAAUUGAUUUUCAAUGCAUUCCUAUGGGAAACCGUGCAUCGCAAGACGAAAAACUCGCAAGAAGAAAAAACUUGCGGAACGAAUUAAUUUCGUCUUGCGAGGCACCACUGUAUGGUUGUUCAUGGACCUGAAGGUCCUCUGUGGAGCAGACCAGGAGAGGCGGUCCCAUAAAUACGAGUAAGGCCAUGGAGAAUCCAUUCACGUAGUCAGAAAGUUAUCCCCGAUGUUUAGUUGCAAUUUCCUUUCUAAGGGGCUCCUGCAGAGGUCCUGAUCCAACAUUCUGCCUAGGAAUUUCCAUGAUUUGCAAGUUGUUUUUAAAAUACUUUUUCAUUGCUGUGGUCUGUCCUGUAACCUUAGAGCUAAAGGCCUGCAUUUAUAUAGCAACUAAUAGUAAUAAUACUUACUAGGUCUUGCAGCUGCUACUCUUCUUAUUAGUAAGGAUAUUUAAUAAUAAAAAUGGGUUAUGCUAGGGACUGAGUGAACUCGACAGGCUGAGUCCCUGGGAAGCAAAGAACCCGCAAAAUGAAAUCGUGGUCCAGGUGCUCCCUCUAGUGGCAGAACAGCAAUACUACAACUUGCUGACCUGGAGGGGAUCUUGCACAUUUUCUUGGGUGUGGGGGGAAGAGGGAGAGAGGUCGGAUUCUGGAGGAAUGUCAUGGGUGGGGGGUGCGCAGCAGGGGUGCUGUUCAUUUGACCAAAUUUAUACCCCACUACAUUGCAAGAGAACCUUCUGAGCUGUUUGCAGAAACAAAAUAAUUAGGGGUUUUUAAAAGUUAUAAAAACAGGUAUUUGAAAUAUUCCAAAGGUUGACUUUUCAACUUUGCCCUUAAAAAAAGGAAAGGAAAAGCAGCUGUUUUGGACUACAACUCCCAUCAUCCCUUUCUAGCAGGACCAGUGGUAGGGAUGAUGGGAACUGUAGUCCAAAAACAGCUGGAGACUCACGUUUGGGAAACCCUGAUCUAGAAAGUUGGCAUCAGAAGUUUGUGUGUGGUAUCACUCAUCACAAUCCCCUCCUUGUCCCCCCCCUAAAAAAAUCUGUAAAGACAGGAUGCUGGACGAGAUGGGCUCCCUUUGAGUCGGAUCCUGCAGCCUGGCUCUUCUUGGUUCCUUAUGACCCCUCCAUGGAACCUCCAUGGACAAAGCCAGUCUACCUUAGGAUGGAGAACAAGCGUGGGAGGGGCUACUGCUCUCCACAUCCUGCUUGUGGGGUCUUCCUCGUUUGGGACAUCUGAUUGGCUACCAGGAAAAAAUAGGGGGGGUGAGAAAAAAUGAAGAGAAAAUGAGAAUUUAAAAAAGGAUUUUUAAAGAGGAAAGAAGAGUCAAAAAGCAUAAAAAUAAAUUGAAUCAGGUUUGUUACAUCCCUCUCGUCUUAACAAUGAAACUACAAACCACUCAUAAAAAUAUAAAAAAUGUAGAAGGUGCCCAGUCCUCAUGGUUCUGGCUGAUUUCAAUAGGAAACCUUGGAAGCUGCCUCUAUACAGAGUUGGUCCAUUGAUCUAUCUAGCUACCGUAUUUUUGCGUGUAUAACAUGCCCCCGUGUAUAAGACGACCCCUAUUUUUUGGGACUCCAAAUUUAGGAAAUGGGGGGAGAGUUGUUGAGCUUUUUGGGGGGAGGGUUGCCGAUAAUCGCUCACCCGCCUGACCGCCGCUGACAAUCACACGCCUCAACAAAGCCACCCAUCGUCUGCCCACUCGCCAGCAGCAGCCGCCAAUCACCCGCCCAAUCACCAGUUACAAUCUCCUGCUCACGACUGCUGCCAAUCACACGUCCCCCCUGCACUAUCCGUGUAUAAGACGACCCCCAAUUUUUAACAGUAGUUUAUAAUAAAAAAAACCCCUCGUCUUAUAAACAGAAAAAUACGGUAAGUGUUGUCAACACUGACUGGCAGACUCUUUUUGGGGGCGGGGGUUCUGGCAGGGGAUAUUUCCUUCCCUUCUGCAGAUGCCAGGGGUUGAACUUUUGGCUCGUUUAACAAUCCAUGACCUUUUUAACUGGGGAGGGGGGUGUUGGUACGGUUUCAUUUAUUACUACAUUAUGUAUUUAUUUGGUGGUUUAUGUUGUAAAACACCCAUGUGAUCUUUGGAAGAAAGAAGGCAUAUAAAUUUAAUUCUGCAUGCCCUAUCGCUGAGCAACCGAAACGCCUUUUAAAAAUUUGGAAUACUGCAAGUUGUUUUCCUUGGGUGUGUGCUGUGCUCACUGCUGAUUAGUUUCCCCCCUGGAUUGACAACUAAUUCCACACACACACACACCGGAAUUGAGAAUUUACUUAUGUUCCCCUUCCCUAGAAUAA